UAGUCCUCGGCCAACCAACCUAUCCGCCCUUGACAAGCUUCCCGUCGCCGGCAGUCACCAUGCCCGGGUAUUGAGAGCCGAGCUAGCUGAUCUCUGCCUCGGCCUACCGCCGGUUCAGGAGGGACAUGAUUCUGCUAGGUUUCAGUUCGAAUUGAAGAUGGAUGCUCCUGAUUCCGACCUCCACAUGGAGAUGGAGGAUCCUGAUCUUGAGGCGGCCAUGGGUUUUCCGGUUACUGCUUCGCUGGGCCCUGUUGGUCCCCUCCUCCGGCAACUCCGUGAGCUGACCACUCUACACAACGUGGUUAGCGGGGAUGAGAUUCAGGGGCUCACUGAGCAUCUCCAUGGAUUAUGCGUCUCCCUCAUGCAUCAGUCGGAGGCAGAGGCGGAGGAACCUCUGAACUCCACGGCCAAGUGCUGGAUGAGAGAGGUCCGCGAGCUAUGCUAUGACACCAACAACUACUUGAACGAUGCCCCAUUUAUUUCCAAACAAGACGAUGAUCAUGGCCUCACUCCACAAGAGAAGCAAGAAAAUGCCCAGUUUGAAUUCAAGAUGCUCGUGGCCCGAGCCAAGAGUGCAAGCAAAAGGCGUCAGAGGUGCGAAAUCAAUCACAAGAGCAUCAGCAAGACCACUAAACUUUCAUACACGGGUCGAGGGCUUCCAGUUCUCCAUCCGGAACUGAUUGAUCGUGGUCGAAUGGAUGAGCUUGCUGACAUGCUGGGUAAGGACGAGGAGAAGCAGCUCAAGGUUGUAUCUCUUGUUGGACUUGAGGGUGUGGGUAAGACCACACUUGCCAAGAGGGUAUACCACAAGACCGUUGGGCAAUUCCAGUGCCGGGCUUUUGUGCGGGUGUCUCCCAACCCGGACAUGAGGAGGCUUCUAACCAACAUAUUAUGGCAGAUUCAAUUGCCCGCCUUUCCUUCUUCUUCUUCUUCUUUUUCUGAGGGUGUCACUCAGCCUGCUUCCUGCUUGGAUGCACAGGACCUCAUCACUAAUAUCCAAGAUUAUCUGCGGCAUAAAAGGUACUUAAUCAUAAUCGAUCAUCUAUGGAGUACUUCAGUGUGGGAUAUUAUUAGGCGUGCUUUUCCAGAUGGUGGUUGUCGCAGCAGAAUAAUAACAACCACCCAAUUUGAGGAUGUAGCAUUGGCGUGCUGUAGUUAUCAGUCGAAGUACAAAUUUGAGAUGAAACCUCUCAAAUAUGAUCAAUCACAAAAAUUAUUUUUCCAUAUGGUGUUCGGCUCUGAAGAUAAAGUCAGCUUUCCUGAGGGCUUCAGAGAAAUAUCAUCUGAGAUUAUUAAGAAAUGUGGUGGUUUACCAUUAUCAAUGGCAAAUAUAGCCAGCUUGUUGGCAACGGAAAAAAGCAAAAUAAACCUCCAGCAAUGGAAGGACAUUCGAGAUUCUUUACCUCCCACUCUGAAGAAAGAUCCCACUUCUGAAGGGAUGGAAAAAGUUAUAAACCUUAUAUACAAUAAUCUUUCCCCUGAACUGAAGACGUGCUUGCUGUACCUUGUUGUGAAUCCAGAGGGCUACACGGUCAGUAAGGAUGACUUGGUGAAGCAAUGGGUAAUUGAAGGUUUUAUACGGGAAGGACAAAACAAAGAGGAAAUUGCAGUGCGUUAUUUUGAUGAGCUUGUCAGGAGGGGCAUGAUACAAGCUGUAGACAUCAAUUACCGUGGGGUGCUGUCAUGUACACUUCACCACAUGGUGCACAAUCUUAUUGUGAAGAAAUCCAUGGAGGGAAACUUCAUCGUUGGUGUGGACAAUUUUCAGUCAGCUAGAUGCCUUCCUAACAAGGUUCGCCGUCUGUCUGUUCAAUUUGGUGGUGCGAGGAGUGCACAGAUACCAGCGGGAAUCAUUCUGUCAGAAGUUCGAUCACUUGCAUUUUUUGGAUUUGAUGGAUGCGUGGAUUUCAUUGAGGAGUGUAAGCUUCUUCGAGUUUUAAUUCUCCAUGUGUGGGCUGAUCAAGAUAAGGUGCCUUUUGACCUCUCUGGAAUUAUUAGUAAACUACUUCCACUGAGAUAUGUGAAGAUUGCAUGUAAUAUCACCGUCAAACUUCCAGCCAAGAUUCAAGAUCUGCAAUUCCUGGAGACACUGGAAGUUGAUACACCAGUAGUUGCCAUUCCAUCGGAUAUUGAAGGACUCAGCAGACUCUCCAGUCUAAAGAUUGCACUUAGAGAGCUAUCGAGGGAAGAAAUCUGUAUCCUCCAAAAAUUGCCAGCCCUCGCUGCUCUUUCGCUGCAUGUGUGGACCUCUCCAGUCGAAAUGAUCGUCUUCAACGAGGGGGGGUUUCUAGUUCUGAAGUCCUUCGAAUUCAGGUGCCCUGUGCCGCUGAAAUAUGAGGCAGGUUCAAUGCCUGACCUCCAGAAUCUCAACCUAUGUUUCAAUGGCCGCGAAGCAGAUCAUUAUGGUAUUGUGCCAAUCGGCAUGGAGCACCUGUCAUGCCUUGAAGAAAUCACCGCAGAUAUUUGGGGUGCAAAUGCCGAUGUAGGAUCUACAUUCAGAACUGCAAUUGGCAGUCAUCCAAACAAUCCUAGAAUCUACAUGCAGUUGGUCGAUCCUGUUUUUCAUGGGGACGCAACCACAAGUGAGGGGACAAUCAAAGUGGAAGAUGAGAGGAAACAAGCUGAUGAUAAGUCAAGAUUAGGAGAUUGGAUGUAUGCGUUCCCCCGGUCAAAAAGGAUGUCUACAUCACAGGGAUCCUCUUCGCGUGUGCCUGUGCAAGGAGUUAACAAAAAGCUUAAAAUGGAGAUAGAAACUGACUGUAUUGAAGUUAAGGCAGAGACAUUCACAUACGGUCGUGCAGAUAUGGCCCAUAGGAUGACAAAACUGAAAAUAGAAACUGAAAAUGUUGAUGAUAAGCUAGAGACAAAGUUUGGUAUUCUAGAAGAUAUGGACAUCGAACACUACACAGCAUCAUCUCCUAUGAAGACUGAAAGUAUUGAGGAUAAGCUACAGACAAAAUAUGAUACCCUAGAAGAUAAGGACAUCAAGCACUGGAUGCCAUCAUCUCCUAUGAGUAACCGCACUGACAUGAACUGGAAGCCUUCUGGACGAGAAGAUGAGAAAAAACUAGCUGGUACCAGGUACAAAUCAUCCGUUCUUCUAAAAGAUGUGUACCUCACCAGGGUCCUCUUCACGUCUGCCUGA